UUACUUUAAAAGAGAGAGAGAGAGAGAGAGAGAGAGAGGAAGGGGAAGAAAAGACGCCUCUCUCGCUAGGGCGAAAGAAGAGGGAGGGGGGAGAGAGAGAGAGAGAGAGAGAGAGAGCUAUUGCACAUUUCUUUUUUCUCCUCCGUCGUAUCUGACUGUCGUCUCGGUCCUCAUCUUGCGGAAACCCUCGUCCGAUGGUGGAAUCCGGAAACGGCCUCUCUGUGAUUCCAUUGUGGAGCGGCCCCGACCGUUGAUCUCCCCGCGAUCUCCGUCGGAUCGUUUAUGCCGGUGGGUUCCUGUGCCGAUCUUGCUGGAAUUCUGGUGGGAGGAUGAACGGGAAUGGAGCGGAGGAGGCCGGGCGGUCCGCGGCGUCCCCGCCGCAGACCUUGGAAUGGAAAUUCUCGCAGGUCUUCGGUGAACGGACGGCCGGAGAGGAGGUCCAAGAAGGUACCCUGCCACGACUUCGGCAGAGCCUCUGAACGUAUAUGUCAGAUGGAAAGGUGGUGCUAUGACUUUUUAUGGACAGUCAUAAUUCGAACCAGGCUAUUUGUUGAUAUUAUAUCAGCAAUAGAAUUUGAUAAAUCUGGAGACCAUCUUGCUACUGGAGAUCGAGGAGGGCGUGUGGUUCUAUUUGAAAGGACAGAUGUUAGGGAUCAUGGAUCUCGAAGGGAUCUUGAUCGGCAAGAUUAUCCAAUUAGCAGGCAUCCUGAGUUUCGCUACCAAACAGAGUUUCAAAGCCAUGAACCUGAGUUUGACUAUCUUAAAAGCUUGGAAAUAGAGGAGAAGAUCAACAAGAUUAGGUGGUGCCAAACGGUCAAUGGUGCUCUUUUUCUUCUUUCUACUAAUGACAAGACAAUCAAAUUUUGGAAGGUCCAGGAAAAGAAGGUGAAAAGAAUUUCUGAGAUGCAUAUGGAUGCCUCACAACCUUUAGGAAAUGGUAGCAUUGCUAGCUCAAGUUCAGAUAGUUCCAGUGUGUUUCUUCCAAAUGGUGGAUGUUCUGAAAGGCCCUUCAACUAUCUGAGUGGUGACUUCUCAUUCCCUCCUGGAGGUUUUCCAUCGCUACAUUUGCCUGUGGUGACGAGCCAAGAGACAAACCUUGUUGCUAGAUGUCGAAGGGUAUAUGCUCAUGCUCAUGAUUAUCACAUCAACUCUAUUUCAAAUAACAGUGAUGGUGAGACAUUUAUAUCAGCAGAUGAUCUGCGCAUAAAUCUUUGGAAUUUGGAAAUUAGCAACCAGAGUUUUAACAUUGUUGAUGUGAAGCCUGCAAAUAUGGAGGACCUAACUGAGGUGAUAACAUCUGCUGAGUUCCAUCCAUCACACUGUAACAUGCUAGCAUACAGUAGCUCAAGGGGUUCCAUCCGGCUUAUUGAUUUGCGACAGUCAGCAUUAUGUGACAACCAUUCUAUGUUGUUUGAGGAACAUGCAGAACCUGGUCCAAGGAACUCAUUUACCGAGAUUGUUGCCUCAAUUUCGGAUAUAAAAUUUGCAAAGCAUGGAAGGCACAUCCUUAGUCGUGAUUAUAUGACUCUUAAGCUAUGGGAUAUACGCAUGGAUUCAGGUCCUGUCACAACUUUCCAGGUCCAUGAAUAUUUAAGGCCAAGGCUGUGUGAUUUAUACGAGAAUGACUCAAUUUUCGACAAAUUUGAGUGCUGUUUGAGUGGAGAUGGACUGCGGGUAGCAACUGGUUCUUAUAGUAAUCUAUUUCGUAUAUUUGGCUGUGUUCCUGGAAGUACUGAAGCAACAACUCUGGAAGCUAGCAGAAAUCCAAUGAGGCGACAAGUUCAAAACCCUGCAAGGCCUGCAAGAUCUCUGGGCAGUUUGACACGUGUUGUCAGAAGAGGAGAAACCCCAGGAGUUGAUGCCAAUGGAAACGCGCACGAUUUCACAACCAAGUUGCUUCAUUUAGCGUGGCACCCAACUGAAAAUUCAAUUGCCUGUGCUGCUGCAAAUAGCUUGUAUAUGUAUUAUGCAUGAAGAUGGCCUGAGAAUGGGAUGAUCUUGUUUGCCAUUUUUUUCAAAAAAAAAAAAUUGGUUGGCUUCUCGUGAAGGCAUUUGAGCUUUCACAUGCAACCAGCAAGAAGGUGCGGGAGGGUGUGCCAUUGCCAUUGAUUGACACGUGUUUCAUACCCGGGCCAGAAGAGGCUGUCCGGAUCCAUGAAGAAGCUUUGUUCUGAUUCUUUUAGGGAAAAGAUCGACAUCUUUAAUCACCGUUGCUUUCUAGUUCCCAUGAUGUGAUUGUCUUUCUCCUACAACUAAUACAAAAAGGUAGUUUUGAGGGCCUAUAUCUUGAGUUUCCCAGUGGGGAUGUUGUUUUGCUAAUCAUGCCAUGCAAGGGCGUGGGCGCUAGCAUUCUUGUCCAGUAUAUAGGCUUGUGAAUUAUCAUUAUUACUCUUUAUUCCUUCAGUGCUAACCAUAUUUCUUAUUUACUGAAACACAAGCCUCUUCUGGAUCUUUGGAUUAUAACCUCUUUGCAGUUA